UCACAGUAACCAACCUCUAAUCACCAAUAGCAAUACACCUCUUCACUCUAUCUUCUCCUUCAUUCCACUUUCUCAGCAACCACCACCACUGCCACCCUCCUCCACCUUCAUGGCAGAAAACAACCCACCGGAUCGGAGAAACUCCAACACCCAACUGUUAGAAGAGCUUGAAGCUCUCAGCCUAACACUUAACAACACCAACACUUCCUCGGUUCCCGCGACAAAAAAUCGAAGAACAAACUCUCUGGUUCUUUCCCGAGCCUCGAUCCCUCCGAUACUGUCCACCGGAAAAACUGAUCAUGCUGACGAUGACGAUGAUCAAGAUGGGAUCAAACUGAACCCUAAACCCCGAGCGAGACGUAUGUCGUUAUCGCCAUGGAGGUCUCGCCCGAGUGAAGAAACUAGUCAGAAACAACAAGCACCGGUCGUUUCCAAGAAUCUUUUUCGAGAUAGCAAACCGGAAAAAGAAUCUUCGUCCGAGAAGAAAGGAUUAUGGAACUGGAAGCCGAUUCGGGUUCUUUCGCAUAUCGGUAAACAGAAGCUGAGCUGUUUGUUGUCGGUGGAAGUCGUGACCGUUCAAGGUCUUCCGGCGUCUAUGAACGGACUCCGAUUAUCGGUUUCCGUAAGGAAGAAAGAAACAAAAGAUGGUGCAGUUCAAACAAUGCCUUCAAGGGUGUCUCAAGGAGCUGCUGAUUUUGAAGAAACUUUGUUUAUUAGGUGUCAUGUGUACUGCACUCCGGCGGGGAGCGGAAAUCCCCGGGCGAAGUUCGAACCCCGGCCAUUUAUAAUCCAUGCUUUUGCAGUUGAUGCCGAAGAGCUCGAUUUUGGCCGGCAUGCCGUUGAUUUAAGCCAAUUGAUCCAGGAAUCGAUCGAGAAGAACUUCGAAGGAACGAGGAUUCGGCAGUGGGAUAUGAGCUUUAAUCUAUCCGGAAAGGCCAAAGGAGGCGAAUUAGUCAUGAAACUAGGGUUUCAGAUCAUGGAAAAAGAGGGAGGAGUUGGUAUUUAUAAUCAAGUCGAAGGACAGAAAUCGGGUAAAUCGAAAAUGUUUUCGCCUUCGAUCGGGCGUAAACAGUCGAAAUCAUCGUUCAGUGUUCCUAGUCCGAGGAUCCCGAACCGGGCAGAGGUGUAUACACCUUCGCAACGAGCUGGGAAUGUCGAUUUUCAAGGGAUUGAUGAUCUGAAUCUUGAUGAACCGCCACAGGAACCCGUGGCGACGGUGGCAGCAGUGUCGCCACCGCCAGUUCAGAUGACUGAAGAGCCGGAAUCGAAGCUGGAGGAUCUCGACCUUCCGGAUUUUGAAGUUGUAGACAAGGGGAUUGAGGUGCAAGAUAGAGAUGGAAUGGAUGGAACACAAUCGGAAGAUAAUUCGGACAAAAGAUCAAUCUCGAGUGAGGUCGUGAAGGAAGUCGUGCACGAUCAAGUUCAUUUGACACGGUUGUCGGAGCUCGAUUCUAUAGCACAGCAGAUCAAAGCGCUUGAAUCUAUGAUGGCGGAGGAGAAAAACGACGAGAAUGACCAAGAAACGGAAUCACAAGGAUUAGAUGAAGAUGAAGACAAAGUGACUCGGGAGUUCUUCCAAAUGCUCGAGCAUGAAGAUGGGAAAGAAGCUAGUUUCGAGCACGAAAACUCUGCCAGGGAAACAGACGACGGUUACAACGAGAAGGUUUUCGUACCCGAUCUUGGGAAGGGAUUAGGCUGCGUAAUUCAGACAAGAAACGGAGGCUAUUUGGUGUCAAUGAAUCCAUUCGACAACCUAAUGGGAAAGAAAGACACUCCAAAACUCGCAAUGCAGAUAUCAAGACCAAUGGUUCUCACGUCAAAUGAAUCAUUAACCGGGACCGAGUUCUUUCAGCGGAUGGCAGCAAUUGGUUUCGAAGAACUUAGCUCGGAGAUCUUAUCAUUGAUGCCGAUGGAGGAACUCGUGGGUAAAACGGCCGAACAGACGGCUUUCGAAGGGAUCGCUUCAACAAUCAUCAGUGGCCGAAACAAAGAAGGAGCCACUUCGAGCGCCACUCGUGCCAUUACGAUCGUGAAAUCCAUGGCCACCGGUAUGACUAGCGGAAGAAAAGAGCGGAUUUCAUCAGGAAUUUGGAAUAUGAACGAGAAUCCAUUGACGGGCGAAGAAAUUCUGGCGUGUUCAUUGCAGAAAAUCGAAGAAAUGGCGGUUGAAGCAUUAAAAGUUCAAGCAGAUAUAACUAAAGAAACCGCUCCUUUCGAUGUUUCCCCGAGCAACAACAGUAGAGAUGGAAGUCACCCAUUAACAACCGCUAUGCCUUUAGAAGAUUGGAUGAAAGACAACGGCAUUGUUACUUCGCAAAACGAACAUGAAACCGUCACCAUAUCAGUCGUAAUUCAAAUGCGGGACCCUCUACGACAAUACGAGGCGGUUGGCGGUCCACUUAUUGCUCUGGUACAUGCCACAUCCGUUGAAGCCGAACCAGCUCAAGAAAAGAGAUUUAAAAUCGCGAGUUUAAACGUCGGUGGUCUGAAACUAAGAAGCGGAGGGAAAAAGAACGAUUGGGAUACAGAGAAGCAACGGCUAACCGCGAUGCAGUGGUUGGUAGGUUAUGGUCUCGGAAAGGCGGGAAAGAAAGGGAAGCGUGUGAUGGUAAAGGGACCGGACCUCUUGUGGAGCUUAUCUUCGCGUGUGAUGGCCGACAUGUGGCUUAAAUCCAUAAGGAAUCCAGACGUCAAGUUCACAACCUGAAGAAAUUCUUCCUUGAAUGAGGUAGGGCGUAGCACACUUGGUUUCAGGAUGAUAUACUUGCAUGAACCUGAGGACAGUUUUGGCCCCAGGGUGUGCGCACAGUUGGUUUCCUGAAGAUACUUUUGGCCCCCGAUCUAUCACAAAUGGUUUCAAGAUGGUAUACUUGUACAAACCUGAAGACAAACUUUCGUAAGUUUUUGUAUGAAUAUACUUGCAUAAGAAGGAUCGGAAACAAAACUGGAGAGAUCAAUAAGUUUUCGAGGCCUCAUAUACUAUAUAAAGUUUCUUCUAUUAUGUACCUAUAAGUAGCUUUGUUAAGUUUUCGAUUUUUCGUUAUGUUGUUUGUUUAUUCAUUUACCAUGAUCAUCGAUUUAUUGAAAUCAUAACGAUUUUCUAC